CGGGGCGGGGUGUGGGCGCAUGGCGGUGGCUUUGCAUUUGUAUUGUAUCUUCCUGGAAAACCGUUUAUUAUAGAGAACUGGAAUCGGUCUGUAGCGACUCGUGUGAAAUACAAUUAAAUCUUAGUAAAGCUGCUUGCAGUAUCACUCGCUUGCGUUGUGUUUAACGCGGUAGUUCUUUGCAGGAAAAGAAAAAAAACGAGAUUUUUCUUUCUAUUAGCGCCCGUGCUAGAAUUUGACUAUCUCAUCUGUGGAGACUGUGGCAAAGAAUUCAUGGAUUCGUACCUAGUGCAGCACUUUGAUUGGGCCACGUGUGAUAAUUGCAGAGAUGCUGAAGAUAAACAUAAGCUCAUCACAAGGACAGAAGCAAAAGAAGAGUAUCUCCUGAAAGACUGUGACUUAGAUAAGAGAGAACCGGUGCUUAGAUUCAUUGUGAAGAAAAACCCUCAUAAUCCCCGGUGGGGUGACAUGAAACUUUACUUAAAACUGCAGGUAAUCAAGCGUGCUCUGGAAGUGUGGGGGAAUGAAGAAUCUUUGCAAGAAGCAAAGGAACAGCGCCGUGACAGCAGAGAGAAGAUGAAACAGAAGAAGUUUGAUAAAAAAGUGAAAGAGCUUCGCCGUGCAGUGAGGAGUAGUUUGUGGAAGAAGACAGCUAGUAUCCAUGAACAUGAAUACGGACCAGAAGAAAACGUUGAUGAAGAAACAUACAAGAAGACGUGUACUAUAUGUGGCCAUGAGUUAACUUACGAAAAGAUGUAAUGUUAAUUUGUUUGUUGAAAUUCAUUAUCGUCAUUUCUAAUCGUAUUCUUUAUUAAAGAAAUGGCAGUUGGGAACAAGCUGUUAUCGAGCUCCAUGAAUAAUAACUGUCAGUUCUGUACAGAAGGUUAGACUUCUCAGCUAGAACUUAGGGUAGAGCAUACACAUUUUUAGCAGGCUGGAAAUGGCUGCCUUGUGGGAUGAGAAGUUGGCAUUUUACACUCAUUUUACAUGCCGAUGAAAUUUAAAGAAGGUAAAUUUCCCUCUACUCUUGCUUCAGUUGGAGCUGAAGGAAGUCUCUGUAUUUGCUCCAGCUCUUAGCUGAUGUCAGCUCCCAUAUGUCUCAGGCAGUCAGUUCCUAAGCACUGCUCAAGUGGUUGGAGAGCGUACCACGAGGCUGGUUCUCCCUGGAGGUGGAGACCUCCAACUCGAUGGAGAGGAGUUUCCUGUUCGAGGAGGAUUGUUAAAGGAAAGCACUGUGCUGUAACGUUCAGUCAAGUUGCUGCCAUGUUCUGUACUAAGGAGGCUUAAGUAUCCUUUACUGAUUUCUUUUCAAGUUUUGGACCAAAAAGGUGACUCUUCAAGUAAAAGUGUAUCUUCAA